AAAUAGUGUCUUGACCUUGCAAUUAUUGCCCCAUUCAAAUAGAGGUCAAAUGUGAAAUAAACAAUUAUUUCUAGUUUCAUGCGUGCAUUUCUAUCGUGACUCUAUAGAGCAUAGGUAGCUUAAUUCUCUAGUGCAUGAACAAAUUCGAUUUUACGUAAGACUGCAGUGUACAAGGAUAUCAAUAUUAUUUUGUUCAAAAAAUGAUAAAGACACCGGUGCAAAGUUUAAAGUAAAUCGAAGAACUGUAUACGCCGGUUGCUUUGCUCUUUUAUACUGCUUUAUUCAUGGAUUCAAUGGUCGCAGUAAAGAAAUUUAUUUGCGACUUGACGCAGCAAUUUGUCAAGAAAUUUCACAAUUUAUUUCAUCAUGUGUUCACUUGCCAGAUCCUCAGUUUUCUCUGGUCUAAUGCCGAGAAAAACAAUAUGGCAAGGAAGGAUUCUACUCAUAUCCAAACUGGGGAGCAAAUAAGAGUUCUGACUCUGAACAAAGGAGAACACCAAGAUGGGAUUUUGUACAGACUUCAAAAAGGAUAUCAAGUUCAAUUCAGACUAGGACCCUCGUUGCUCGGAAAAAAUAUCGAUAUAUUCGUCAAUCAUCCUCCAACGAAUGAUAAACAAUUUGAGAGACACACUUAUUAUCAGUUAAAAUGGGUCGAGGAAACUGCGAUUUUACGAGUAACUUCUGCUGGAUCUUUUCACUUUUAUGCCUCAGAUGCAAAAACGGAAAUUGGUGCGAAAGCCAUUGCCUCUGGAUACCUUUUAGUGGAUCCUGAAUUAAAAAUAGGUGAAAACGGUGAAGAACUUCCUCUUGAUUGUAUUCAGUGCCAAACAGUAUUGGCAAAAUGUCUUGGACCUUUUUCAACUUGGGAAAGUAAAUUGUUGGUCACAAAAAAUUCCGGUUACAACAUGGUUCACUUCACACCGAUUCAAGAACUGGGAGCAUCCAGGUCAUCAUACAGUUUGAGCGAUCAACUAAAACUAAAUUCUGAAUUUAGUCAUGGAGAGAAAGAAACAAGAUUUGAUGAUAUCGAAACCCUAGUCACAAAGAUGCGCAACGAAUGGAAAAUGGUCAGCAUUUGUGACAUCGUUUUAAAUCACACAGCAAAUGAGAGUCCAUUUCUUUUGACGAAUCCAGAGUGCACUUACAAUUGUGCGAACAGUCCUCAUUUACGACCAGCGUAUCUUUUGGAUGCAACCCUUUUCGAAUUGACUGUUCAAGUUUCAGCUGGAGAUUGGGAAUUGAAAGGUAUCCCUACUGUUGUUGAGACUGAAGAUCACCUGAAUAGCAUUCGUCACGCGCUUCACUCGCACUUCCUUCCACUGAUUAAAAUUCACGAGCUCUACGUUUUGGACAUUACCGAAACCGUUGAAGAAUUUUUGAGUCUGGCUCGAAAUCAUAUGCCUCAUGAAGAAUCAGUCACAGAAAAUAAAACUAUUCAGAUAAUCAGCGAUCCUCUCUUACGAAGACUAAAAGCGUCUAUUGAUAUGACUCUUGCAUUGAGGCUCUACAAUACUUACAGAUCUGACUGUUUUGACGAAGACACCCGGUUGAAGCGUUGCGCAGAGGAUUUGAGGAAAAAAUUGCAAGAACUCAAUGAUGCGAUUAUGAACGAAGUUCAAAAUAAUCUGAACGCAGCGGUUGAAAAUACAGUCGCUGGAAUUCGCUACUACAGGGUACAAUCGGAUGGACCGAGAGUGAAAGAGGUCAGCGAAAGGAAUCCUCUUGUUCCAAGGUAUUUCACCGAUUAUGGAGCACCAAAGAAUUUAGCGGAAAGGGAAGCGACGAUGUAUUCGGAAUCAGGUCGAUAUCUAAUGGCUCACAAUGGUUGGGUUAUGAACAGCGAUCCGCUGAAAAAUUUCGCUGAUCCAGAUUCCAAUGUUUAUAUCCGACGAGAGUUGAUCGCCUGGGGAGAUAGUGUAAAGCUGAGAUAUGGAGAUAAACCACAGGAUUCUCCCUUUUUGUGGAAGCGAAUGACCGCCUACGUUCAGCAAAUGGCGAAAAUUUUCGACGGUGUGAGGCUCGAUAACUGUCAUUCGACUCCAAUUCCUCUCGCGGAGUAUUUGUUAGAUGCAGCAAGAAAAGUUCGACCCGAUUUGUACGUCGUGGCUGAAUUGUUUACGAAUUCCGAUCAGAAGGAUAACAUUUUUGUGAAUCGUCUUGGAAUAACUUCGCUUAUUAGAGAGGCAAUGUCAGCAUGGGACAGUCAUGAAGAAGGUCGAUUGGUUUAUCGCUAUGGAGGAGAACCUGUUGGAGCUUUUUUGCAAUCAAGAGUUCGUCCCUUGGUUCCAAGCAUUGCUCAUGCACUUUUCUUAGACUUAACUCACGAUAAUCCUAGUCCUGUUGAAAAACGAAGUGUGUUCGAUUUACUGCCAAGCGCUGGUCUAGUUUCGAUGGCAUGCUGUGGCAGCGGUAGCAGCCGUGGAUACGAUGAACUGGUUCCCCACCAUAUACACGUCGUAGAUGAAGAAAGGCAAUAUCCUUCCUGGACAGACGAUGUUAAAUUAGCAGACGAAAGUCCAAGUCUGGUUGGACCAAAAUCAGGAAUUAUAGCCGCCAAGAAAGCACUGAAUGAUCUUCACAAUAGUCUCGGCCGAGAAAAAUUCUCCCAAGUUUUUGUUGAUCAAAUGGAUGCGGACGUGGUUGCAGUAACAAGACACUCGCCAUCUACUCAUGAAAGUGUAGUUUUAGUAGCAUUCACUGCUUUCAAGCAUCCUGAUCCCAAUGCUAGUGAUCUUCGACGUCAUGUCAAACCAUUACGAGUCGAAGGAGUCGUGGAAGAAAUUAUUUUAGAGGCUUCCUUUUCUCACAAAGAAGCGAAAAAUGGAUCUUCACCUUUCCGCUAUCCUGAAAAGUACGUCAAGGACGAGAAGAUCAUAAACGGAAUCUCUGAGUACUCAGUAAACGUAAAAGAACACGUCCAAAUUUGUGAUUCCUCAAUUCUGGAAAAAGUCGACUCUGGCGAUCCAAAAAUCACACAACUUAACUUCGUCAACUUCCAACCCGGUUCCGUGGUAGUGAUUCGAGUAUCACUCCACGUGAACAUAAAACCAGCUCUUGAAAAAUUACAAAAUACGGUCACCACAAUAACAUCACCAAAAACUUCAGAUUUGCAAACUAUCGUUUCUCGAAUGGAUCUUGCGGAUUUGAAUAAAGCAUUAUAUCGCUGUGAUCAAGAAGAAAGAGACGAAACUUCGAAUACUUUCGGAGUUUAUGACAUUCCAGAAUAUGGUCCUCUGGUUUAUGCUGGCCUUCAAGGUGUAAUUUCCUUGUUAGCUGACAUCAGACCCAAUAAUGACCUCGGACAUCCUUUAUGUAAAAAUCUGAGGGACGGAAAUUGGUUGAUCGAUUACUUGUGGAAACGACUUAAAGAAGACGAAUCAACCCGACCUCUUGGGGAAUGGCUAGAAAAAGCUCUAGAGCCUUUGAAGACAAUUCCUCGAUAUUUGGUUCCAAGUUAUUUCGAUGUGAUUCUCGUUAAUGUUUACACAAUCCUACUCGAUCAAUGCUACAAUUCCAUGUCAAGUUUCGUGAAGGAUGGAUCAACCUUCAUCAAACUUUUGUCCCUAGUUUCCGUGCAAGUUGGUGGCGCAGUAAUGUCAGCACAGCUUCCAAAUUUGUCUCCUAAUUUGGAUCCCCCAAAACCAAAAACAAGGCAGAUAAAUGGCAAGAAUGAACAAAUUUGUUUAACUUUAUCCGCUGGAUUACCUCACUUCGCAUCAGGUUACAUGAGAAAUUGGGGAAGAGACACUUUUAUCGCCCUCAGAGGCCUUUUUUUGUUGACUGGUCGACAAGAAGAAGCCAGGUUUAUUAUUCUUGGAUUUGCUGGAACUCUCAGGCAUGGCUUGAUCCCGAAUUUGCUCGACGGAGGUAAAAAUGCAAGGUACAAUUGUCGCGACGCGAUUUGGUGGUGGCUCUACACCGUUCAGUGUUACGUUCAAGAAGUUCCCAAUGGUUUAAAACUCCUUUCGGACAAAGUUUCAAGACUUUAUCCAACUGAUGAUUCACCUGCUUUGCCUGCAGGAGAAGUGGAUCAGCCCUUGCACGACGUGAUUCAAGAAGCUUUGACAGUUCACUUUCAAGGUCUCUGUUUUAGAGAGAGGAAUGCAGGAAAACAGAUCGAUGAACACAUGACUGAUCGUGGAUUCAACAACCAAAUUGGUGUUAAUCCUGACACUGGUUUCGUUUUUGGGGGAAACGAAGCUAACUGUGGAACCUGGAUGGACAAAAUGGGAUCUUCUGAAAAGGCUGGCAACAAAGGAAAGCCCGCAACACCUAGAGAUGGCUCGGCUGUAGAAAUUGUAGGUCUUUGCAAAGCUGUCUUGAGCUUUUUAGCGGAAUUGUACAAGCAGAAUUUGUUCCCUUAUGGCAGCGUUCAGAGGAAAACCCGAGAUGGUACUGUUAUUACGUGGAGUUACAAGCAGUGGGCUGACAAAAUUGCUGCCAGUUUUGAAACAUAUUUCUACGUUAAUCAAGAGCCAACGGAAAGUGAAAUGCGACCAGAUUUGAUUCACCGUCGAGGAAUUAUUAAAGACAGUCACGGAGCCACUCAAUCCUGGGCCGAUUAUCAAUUACGACCUAAUUUCCCGAUCGCUAUGGUAGCUGCUCCAGAGUUAUUCCAACCAGAACACGCAUGGAACGCUCUGAAAAUGGUUGAAGAAGUUCUUCUGGGCCCGCUUGGAAUGAAGACUUUAGAUCCUGCAGACUGGGGUUACGAUGGUUUUUACGAUAAUUCGAAUGACUCUACCGAUCCAAAAGUGGCGCAUGGAUGGAAUUAUCAUCAGGGUCCGGAAUGGCUUUGGCCGAUAGGUUUCUUCCUCCGAGCUCGUCUGCAUUUCGCCCCACUAGUUGGCGGCAAAGAGGAAUUAGAAAGAACCAUAGAAUCCACGGAAGCCAUAAUUUCUCGACAUCUGAUCGAAGCUUCCACUAAUCACUGGAGAGGACUUCCUGAACUCACGAACAAGGACGGCGAAUAUUGUAAGGACAGUUGUCGCUCCCAGGCAUGGAGUGCUUCCACAGUUUUAGAGGUCCUUUACGAGCUGGAAAAACUGAAACGUGAGUUGAAAUCUGAGAACAAGGGAGUUGAGAAUUGAUACAAUUUUGCGUGUGUUCACCACCGCUACUUACACUUAGAGUACCUAAAAUUAGAAAACGUAGGAAAUUCGCAACGAGAGAGGCUAUGUACUGACGAAAGAGCACUAUUUGCACAACGCACGGAGACACAC